AUGGCCGAGCCCCGAGGGGCCGCCAAGCCGGCCCCCAAGGCCUCCUUCGCAUCAACCAAGCUGAGACAGAGGAACGCCCCGCAGCCCCGCCCCUCGAGAGUGGACGCCGGCAACCUGGGCAGGUACCGGGGCAACGCCACCACCUCCUGGGAGCCCCCUUUCCUUGGCUCGCUGAUGCCCUCGGGGACAGGCUCGGCGCGCCGGCGGGGAGCGCGGCUGGAGCAGCUGGGGCUGCAGGGGGCGGCUCCCGCCGGGUGGUUGUCGGAGGAGCAGUCCCCGGGCGGGCCGAACGGACCGGGCGGUAGCGGGCUGUGCCUGGAGCCCCGGGAGCACGCGUGGAUACUGGCGGCCGCCGAAGGCCGCUUUGAGGUGCUGCAGGAGCUGCUGGAAGCCGAACCGGGGCUGCUGCUGCGGGGCGACCCCAUCACGGGCUACUCGGUGCUGCACUGGCUGGCCAAGCACGGGCGCCACGAGGAACUCAUCCUAGUGCACGACUUCGCCCAGCGCCAGGGGCUGCGGCUCGACGUGAGCGCCCCGGGUAGCGGCGGCCUCACGCCCCUCCACCUGGCGGCCCUGCAGGGCCACGAGAUGGUCAUCAAGGUGCUGGUGGGCGCCUUGGGGGCUGACCCCACGCGCCGCGACCACAGCGGCCACCGGGCCUGUCACUACCUGAGGCCCGACGCGUCCUGGAGCCUGCGGGAGCUGUCGGGGGCCGAGGACUGGGAGACGGCAGGCGGCCGAGACCGGGACCCUAACAACGCCAACAACAACAGCAGCAGCGGCGGCGGCGCCGCGUGGGCACUGAAACGCGCCCCGAGCGCAGUGGGCGCGCAGGUCGUGGAGAAGACCGCCAGAGCGGCGGCGGCGGCAGCUAAGGGGAAAGACUCCGUGGGCAGCCGGGUGGCGCAAAUUCAAGGCCUCCUCCGCCAUAUGUUCCCCUUCUUCCAGGACCGUUGAAGGCGACGGAGACUGGAGAGCGUGGAGGGACCCCGACACUGCGGCGAGGCCUCUGUCCCGGGUGGUCCCGUGUCCUCCCACCCCCCACCCCCGAUGGGGAGGCGCCCGGGACUCGGCUCGAGCCGCAGCCUUGGGCGCUGGGCCUGCCAGGAGCAGACCCCCUCGGGGUGGUUCUCAGGCACCUGUCGGAGGUCUCCUACUGCACCGGCCAGGAGCCGCUGGAACCAGGCACCAAGCGGCCCUGGUGCCGAGACCCCAAACUACAGGAUUUAGGCGUUCGGUGCAGAAGCUCGGGACAAGGUUAAGUUAUGCUUCCAGUAGCCAUUUCUUGGCAGGCAGAAGCUCUGGGUUUAUUAGGAAACAUUUGUUCAAGAAUGAGAUAAGACUGUAAGCCAGUGAUCCAGAAGAAGUCUAACUGCAGGCCUGACUUAGCUAUUAACAAGUUAUUUUGGGGGAUGAACCAGCCCUUGUCAACCUGCUCCGGAGACAAGCAGGGCUUACCAGUAGAGGACCCUUUCUAAUGUAUCCCCAGUGACUUCUUUAGCAUAUUAAAAUGGAAUGUUUUCCUUUCACAU